UUGUCUGUCUGCCCUGCCCGCCCGGCGGCGCGGAGGGGGGGAGGGGCGGCAGGACCCGCUUGUCAGUCAGUUCGUCAGCGGCUGUCGAGCGCGGCUGACCUCCUAGUUGAGGGGUCGCUCUGCUGCCGCUGCGCCCUCGAGCCGAGCACAUCCCGAGCCGCCUGCGCCGCACCUGCCCGCCAGAGCCCGCGUGGGAAUGGAUUUACCUCCGCGCGGCGUGCCCCGAGCCUGUGUUCCCUCGCCUGGUGCUCUGAUCAUGUGACAAGAGAAUACGAAUAAGUAGCACUAUAGCGAACGGAACAACGAACCGGACGUGCUACCUGAGUAUCGUAUUUAUUUUUGUUUGUGGUUUUCCGCCGGGAACAUGUGCUGUGUGUGGGGUGGGAAGACGUCAUCUCGAGGGGUUGUGCUUGCGGCGUGGAAGCAGUGUGGUUUUUGUUUCGUCUAAUGAAGUGACCGCGGAAAUUAAAAAUAUAAUAAAAAGUAAUGAGAAGCAGGUGUACCGCUCUCGUGUGAACGGAUCGGUCGAGGUAUUCUUCCCUGUUGCGGGAGGGGUAGUUCUAGCUGCGGGAGGGGGCGCGGGAGGUCCAGCGCAGUGUUCGUCGUGUCCAAGAUUGUCUCGACGGCCGCCACCAUCGUCAGCCGCCGGGAAGACGUGCUGUCGCUGUCUGUCGGAGGCGCGAUGCCCAGGAGGAAACAGGACUGCCCGAAGCGGAUGAAAUGGGAAGGCGGUGAGGAAGGCGCGGCGGCUGAAGGAGACGCAUCGGCGGACAGCCCGGGCGAGGACGCCGCCUCCUCGGCCGCCUCCGAGUCGUCGCCGCCGCCGCCGCCGCUGCCCGUCUCGCCCGCGUCGUCCGCCCCCGGCCUGGAGGCGGAGCCGCCCGCCUCGGCGCUGCACGACCCCCUGCUCCUCAGGGAGGGCUCGGGGUCCCGCUGCCCCUCCAGGGACUCGCGCGGCUCGUCGCUGCCGCGCUGCCCCUCCAGGGACUCGCAGUGCUCGGAGCGCGGCCUGCCCAAGGUCGCCCUGCCCGCCGUCAGCCCCGUCACCGCCCUCCUGCCGCCGCACACCGCCGCGCUCGCCGCCUACCUGGGCCACCACUCCCGCCUGCUCAUGACGUCGCCGCUGCCGCCCCUGCUGCAGCGCCUGCCCGGCCCCGUGUCGCCGCUCGUCACCUCCUCGUCGUCGCCGCCGCUGCUGCCGCUCGCCGUGCCCGCCUCGCCCGACCGCGACGCGCCCGGCGCCGCGCUCGACUUCAGCACCAGGCCGCGCGCCGCCCCGCACCCCGAGCACGACGCCGAGGCCGCCCUCAACCUCAGCAAGCCGGCCACGCCCGUGCUGCCGCCGGCGGACGCGCACCUCAACAGCCCGCUCGACCUGUCGCUGGCGGGCAGCCGCAAGCGCGGGCUCGAGGCGUCGUCGCCGCAGCCGCUGAGCCCCCAGCACCAUCACCAGCACCACCACCUGUUGACGCCGCCGGCCAGGAAGAGCUCCCGCGCGUCCGCGCCGCCCACCGACUUCAAGCCCGUCGUGUCGCCGUGGACGUCGCCCGUCGUCGCGUCGCACUUCCCCUACUUCGCGGCGGCCGUCGCCGCGGCCAGCAGCCUGUCGCCCAAGAGCAACGGCUCGCCCGUCGACACGUCGCUGUGGAACGGCAAGCUGAAGAUGCCGCCGAUGGACGCCAAGUCGCCCGCCGCGCCGGCGCCCUCCGCGCACUUCGCCGGCGUGCCGACGCCCAGCGACGCCACCAAGGCGCUGGAGAAGAUGAGCGAGCUGAGCAAGCUGGGCGGCGAGGACCUGUUCCGGCCGGCCAACAGCGGCAACCGCCACAGCGCGUGGCAGUCGCACUGGCUGAACAAGGGCGCCGAGCAGGCCAAGGACGUGCUCAAGUGCGUGUGGUGCAAGCAGAGCUUCCCCAGCCUGGCGGCCAUGACGACGCACAUGAAGGAGGCCAAGCACUGCGGCGUGAGCGUGCCGGCCCCGCCGCCCCCGCCGCCCCCGCCGCCGCCGCAGCACCAGCCGCCGCCCCCGCCCACGACCGCGCAGUCCGGCGGCGCGCAGUCGGGGGGCGGCGGCAAGCCCACGGCCGCCGACCUGAACCUGCUGAUCAAGGAGACGAUGCCCCUGCCCAGGAAGCUGGUGCGCGGGCAGGACGUGUGGCUGGGCAAGGGCGCCGAGCAGACGCGCCAGAUACUCAAGUGCAUGUGGUGCGGCCAGAGCUUCCGCUCGCUGGCCGAGAUGACGAGCCACAUGCAGCAGACGCAGCACUACACCAACAUCAUCUCGCAGGAGCAGAUCAUCUCGUGGAAGUCGGCCGACGACAACGGCAAGGCGGGUCCCGGCGCGGCCGGCGGAGGCGGAGGAUCCGUCCCCGGGGCCGGCGGGCCGGCGGCGGGGGGCGGCGCCAGCAGCCACGUGAGCGCCGUCCUCACGUGCAAGGUGUGCGAUCAAGCCUUCAGCUCGCUCAAGGAGCUCAGCAACCACAUGGUGAAGAACUCGCACUACAAGGAGCACAUCAUGAGGUCUAUCACGGAGAGCGGCGGCCGGCGGAGGCAGACCCGCGAGAAAAGGAAAAAGUCGCUGCCCGUACGCAAGCUGCUCGAGCUGGAGCGAGCACAGCACGAGCUGAAAAACGGCGAAGGAGCCAUGAUCGUCGGCGGAAAGAUCAGCAGGGAUCACCACACGUCUGCGUCUACGGGCAGAAUCACGUGCGAGAAGUGCGGCGAGAAGAUAGAGACGUCGAUCUUCGUUGAUCACAUCCGACAGUGCGUGGGUGGUGGGACCCUCGGCGGCAGUCAGAGGAACUUACUGAAGAACGCCCUCCUGUCCAGCAACAUCAUUCCCCCGGACUCCCCCAUGGAUGGCAGGAAGAGCAGCUCCCUCUGCGAAGAGCCCGUUCCGCCCACCACUCCUAGACAUCACAGGUCGCCGAACAUGGCCACCGACCUCUCCGCCAAAGACGGCCCACCGACGACUCCAGGCUCCGACACUGCGCCCUCUUCGUCAUCCCCGUCCGUGCUGAACGCCAUCGAAAAGCUGAUCGAGAAGAGCUUCGACUCCCGGGCGAGGCACGGGGCUGGAGGUUUCGGCGCGGGUCCCGCCGGCACCGCCCCCAUAGGCUCCAGUAUCUUGAAACGCUUGGGCAUCGACGAGAGUGUGGACUACACGAAACCGCUCGUCGACCCACAAACCAUGAACCUUCUGAGGAGCUAUCACCACCACCAUCACCAGCAGCACCACUUCAGGCGAGAGAGAAGUGGGAGCGAGUCCAGCUCGGUGUCCGACAGAGGUCUCGGGCGGGGAGAGGUGCUGACCCCGGACAGGAAGCCUGACCCUUCCCCCGAGCAGCGGCAUGGCACCCCGCGGACCACGCCCGACAAGGGGCUCAUGUCGCCACCCAAGCUGGAGGAGCCCAUGGACGAGGACAGGAUAAAGAAGGAGCCGGUGACGGACGACGAGAGGGAGGACCCGCGCAAGAACACGAGGCGGGAGGUGAUCGUGAAGAAGGAGGAGGUGGAGGAGGAGGAGGACGACAGGGCGAGCUUCCACAGCGGCGGAGGGAGGCCCAGGAGGGCGGAGGACGUGCCCCUGACGCCGGCGAGCGCCGCGGGCGACGAGGACGCCGACGACGGUCGCGGGAGCCGCGGCAGCGCCGGCACGGCAAGUCCGCGGCGCCACACGCCGCUGGCAGACCAGCAGGUGGUGGGCGCGGGCAGUCCCUGUCGGACCAGCACGGGCAGCCCCGCGGGCAGCGACAGGUCCUCGGGCGCCGACAAGAAGCCGAGCAGCCUGGGCGCCCUGUCCUCGAUGUUCGACAGCCUGUCGGGCGGGGGCGGCCAGGGCUCCUCGGCGGACGGCGGCGCACCGGGGUCGUCGUCGGGGGGCCGAGCGUCGAGCAGCCACCCGCUGGCGGCGCUGCAGAAGCUCUGCGACAAGACUGAGAGGCACGGCGGCGGCCGGUCGUCGGCGGCGGCGGCGUCGGGCUCGAGCGGCGGGCACGCCUCGUCGUCCUCGUCGCAGGCGGGCGGCCCCGCCCCGGGCGCAAUCCUCGCCUUCAGCUGGGCGUGCAACGACGCCGUCGUCACCGCCGACUCCAUUAUGAAAUGCGCUUUCUGUGAUACGCCCUUCAUCUCCAAGGGUGCGUACAGGCACCACCUGUCGAAGAUGCACUUCGUGAAGGACGGCAUGAUCCCGGACACGAUGGCCCUCAAGUCCCAGCAGCAGGGCGGGGGCGGGGGCAGCGGUGCGUCACCCAAGGCCUCCAACAGCGUGUCCGGGAACGGCGGGGGCGGCUCCGUGGGCGGUUCGAGUAGCAAGAGCCCCCAGCAACAACCGCCCCCGCAGGCGACAAACUUCGAAGAGAGUCCGCACUCCAAGUUUCUCAAGUAUACUGAGCUGGCCAAACAGUUGUCCAGCAAAUAUGUAUAGUAGCCAGAGUAGCUCCUUUGUUUAGUUAACUCAUAUUUAUCUCCUCGAUAAUGAAUAAUCUCAAGUAAUUUAUUGUAAAUACCGCUAUUUCAUUUAUCUGCGAGGAGGAAAAUGUGAAAAUAAGUGAGAUUUCAGUGAAAGUUUCUUUAAUAAGUGCGGAUGAGAGAAAAAAAAUCAAAUGACAAGUGCGAAUUGUGAAACAAUGAGUAAUUAGUUAUUUUCCCCAUGUACUUAUAAUUACCAUUCCCCGAUUGCAAGUUUAGAGUGAGAAAACAUUUAGUGUUAAAUCAUUAUUACAUAAACAGACUCGAGUCUCAAAUAUUGUCAUCUUUAUUUGAAAUUACAAUUUUGUCAGUGCUUUUUUUUUGGUCCUCCCAGCUUUCUUGCGAAUAAAUGAGAGUUGUUAAUCUAUAGACAGUAGUAAAUUGCUUUGUCAUUGAAAAUAUACAAAUUUCAAGCAUUGGUCGUUUAUUGCAGUUUCAUUUUUCUUUUAGCAUGGGGUUAAAGCGACAUUGUGAUGCUUAUCAUAUCUUAUCAUAACUUUCCUUUUUCUACAUGAAAGUUAUAUACAGAGUUUCUUAUUUCAUGUACCUACGUUGGGUCAGCCAGUCAGCACGUCGUAUCAACCAUAGCGAGAUCUGUUAAGAUACCAAAUUAAAAAAAAAAGUUUAAUGUAGACAGGCCGUUUUUGAUAUAUUAUCAAUUUAAACAUAGGGAAAACGGUUUUCAUGUUUACGAAUAUAAUUUAUUUCCAAUAAUUUUGUAUUUUUUUUUAUCUUAUGUCAUUACGUCUAUAUUAAACAAUAAAUACUUUCCUCUACCCCUAAAAAUACUCUAAAUAAAAUGAUUAAAAUCAGUAGUUAUAAUUUUUAAUCACGAAUCAUUGUACUUGAUUCAAUUCAACCAAGAAUAUUGAUCCUAUCUACAAAGUGUCAUAAUUUAGUUGAAAAUUUAUUACAAAAUGAUUAAAGGGUUAUUAUUUUCUAUAGCAAAUAUAUGCGUCAUAUCAAUAUUUGGAAUAAGCAUACUUAUGAACACCCGCAAAAAUAUAAUCAUCAUUCACUCUUGGAUAACAUAAAAUAUGAAAUUGUAUAUACAUAUUUACAUUCAAUAAAAACUUAUUACUUAGGUAAUGUUUUUAUAUACAGACUAUUCUGUUAUUUAAAUUUGAAUAAUAAUUCAUAUCUACCUAAAUAUUAUUUCCUGAAAAUCUUGCGUAAGGUAACCAAUUUCAAAAGUAAAAAAUAACAUAAAAUCAAAAAUUGUAGUUGCUAGUCAAUUAUGCUUUAUUUUGACGCAAAAUAAUAUAUAUUUAAGAGAGAAAACUAUGUCAUUUACUUUUAUUCUUUUACCUUUGUGAUCAGAAAGCAAAAAUAUAUCCAAAAAGAAUGUGAAAACCUGAAUUCAGUUUCUAUUUGAAAUUGUAUAAGAUGUUGGAAAUUUUGCUUUGUUUAAUCAUACUAUCAUAAUGAUAUAAUUCCAGUUGCUGGCUGACAUCAAGUAUGUAAUAUUGAGAUUAGAAAGAAAAUUGAGAGUCUGUGUAAAUAGGGCUGUUCAUAGUUGUGAUAAAAGAGCAAAACAAGAAGAUACAUGUUACAUCGAGAUCUCUUUCUUUCAGAACAAUAUCUCGUUUUUCUCUUUAAUCUCUUUUUAUUAGUCGUGAGAAUGUUAGCCAACGAGUGCAACAUGUGUUUAAUAUAAAAACAUUCUACUGAAGGAAGAAAAUUGAAGUUAUAUAAGUGUUUUUCAUCACACAAGCCAUUUCAAGUGAUAGUACUAUGUAAUAAGCAAAAGCAUUCGUAUACGUAUCUCAUUUAAGAUAUAUACAGAACUCUUCAUUCUCUGACUAAAAACAAGAAAAAGUUUAAGUAACUAUUAAAAAAAAGUAUGUAUAUUUAAAUGAAUGAGAAUCUCAAAAAAUAAAACCCAUGUAAAUUUUAAAAAUUACAAAAACAAAAUGUAUACGCUAGCUCGAGUAUUCAAGCUAAAAAGGUUCAUGUAUUAAAAGUUACGAUGUUUUUAUUUUAUUUAGAAGUUAAUUAUUAUGUUUUUUAUUUGAAAUUCUUGUCGAUAAAAAAAUUUAGUGGUGACUUUUUAAUACGCUGAAUUUUCAAGUAAAUUGCCUCGUAAGGUUUUUACUUCUAAGGCUGCAAUAUUAUUGUAAUACUUUACUAUUAAAAGUGUUAUCAAUCGUUUUAAAUUUUUCGUCGCAAUAUGCAUACUUAUUUAUUACAUAAAUCUGUGGAUGUAAGAUAAGUUAAUAAAAUUUAAACUACA